AUGCACGACAAAUUCUCGGGCUCGGAGGCCGAAAACAAGGUGAGGAUGAUGGUGUUCGAGACAGACGAGCCACAUCCAGAGGACCAUGCGGACAAGGGAACAUUUGGAGAUGUAUUCGACAAGCUGUUCAAGACUGCUGGCGACAACCAUGACCCUCCGCUUGGAAUAGAAACAGCCAUGAAGUUCGUGGUAGAGCCCAAGGGCGGAAAAGUGCCUUCGGUGGACGAUCUCAAAGACGUCCAUGCCAUUCUGAUCACAGGAAGCAUGUACGAUGCUCAUGGCGACGACGAAUGGAUUCUGAAGCUUAUGAAGCUGCUACAAGACCUGUGGCAACACCGUCCCGAUAUUCGCUUUUCCGGAGUCUGCUUCGGCCACCAAAUUCUCUGUCGCAUGCUUGGAGCAAAAGUCGACACCGUACCCGGAGGUGACUGGGAACUCUCACACACACAUAUCGACCUUAGCGACAUCGGCAAGAAACUCUUCAGGACACAGAACGAUCAACUACGACUACACCAGAUGCACCAAGACCACGUUGUCGAGCCGCCGUCGUCCAAGUCUAGCAACCUCCUCAAAGAGGGCCAGAAGGUCCACGUUUGGGGAAGCUCGGAACACACAGCUGUGCAGGGUAUCUACAUCAAGGACCGCCUGUUCACCUCUCAAGGUCAUCUGGGCUUUGACGAAGAUAUGGUCAAGCGACAGAUCGAAUUGCGAGUCGAGAGUGGCAGUCUCAAGGACCUAGAUCACGCCGAUGCAGCCAAAGAGACGGCUGAUAUGGAACAUGAUGGCGAAGCGGUCGCUGGUUCGAUCUUGCGUUUGUUCCAUGGCGAUGACAAUGAUAUCCCUUGA